GGGGUGGGGGGGGGGCGACCUAUUUAAACACGACAUGAUCGUGGGCAUGAACACAGCGGAGGACGUGAUCAUGUCCAUCCUUCAUCGUCGCGUCUCCGCCUGAACAUGAUUGUUUAGAAGGAGCAGGUGCUUGUGGAUCCAUCCCCUCUCCUGCCGUGGAAUGUCUUCCACUAUCGAGAGGAAGACGCUGGAAGCUAACGAGGAGCCGGUGGAUGAGGUCCUGCAGAUGCCUCCUUCUUUGCUGAUGUGUGGCGGCUGCCAGCAGAGCAUCGGCGACCGCUUCUUCCUCAAGGCCGUGGAGCAGUACUGGCAUGAGGACUGCCUCAGCUGUGACCUUUGUGGCUGUCGCCUCGGGGAGGUCGGCCGCCGGCUGUACUACAAGCUGGGAAGGAAAUUAUGCCGCAGAGAUUACCUCAGGCUUUUUGGCCAGGACGGUCUGUGCGCUUCCUGCGAGAAGAGGAUAAGAGCGUUUGAGAUGACCAUGCGUGUGAGGGACAAGGUCUACCACCUGGAAUGCUUCAAGUGCGCUGCCUGCCAGAAGCACUUCUGCGUGGGAGACCGCUACUUGCUCAUCAACUCAGACAUCGUCUGCGAGCAGGACAUCUUUGAGUGGACUAAACUCAACAACAACAAUAUGGUGUAGGAAGGAAAUCACUAGACUUUUUUUUGUGAAGACAUCUUUGAUACACUUUUUCUAGCGCCAGGCGGACUUUAAACUGCACCUCCUAUUCCCAUCAAGACCAGAGACAACUAAGACAACUCCUCACCUCAGCCCUCAUUGAUGCAAAACAUGCUGAUAAACAUGCAAUAACAUGUGCACAUAACAAUAAUGUGUCGCUCUGAUUGGAAGUCAGAGCAUUUGGAGCAACGUUAUAGAUCAGGAUGGCUACAUUAACGAAACACGUACCAGCUAAAACAUGUAUUUGUACCAAUUGGGGUGUCUUGAUCGGAUAUUCACAGCAACUAUCGGGCCGAAAUCAACAAAAGAACAAGUAUCGGUUGAUAACAGGGACAUAUAAAAUCUCAGAUACAAGCA